AUGUACCCUUCUCCCGGUCCCUUGCGGCGGGUGCCUGCUCCGCCGCGCUCCGACUCUUGCAGUGCUCGCGGCAGGGGGCGCCGAGGGGGCGGGGAGGACCCGCGACGCCCCGCCCCCUUCCGCGCUCCGGCAGAUAGGCCCGCCUCCGGGGGUCCUGGUCCUGAGGCGGCUCGGAGCGCAGGCCGGCGCUGCCCGCAGGUGUUGGCGGCGGCGGCGGAGCCACCGGGCCCCACGGUGGGUUUCGGGGCCAACCGGCGGGCCGGCCGCCUGCCCUCCUUCGUGCUGGUGGUGCUGCUGCUGGUCAUCGUCGUCCUUGCCUUCAACUACUGGAGCAUCUCCUCGCGCCACGUUCUGCUUCAGGAGGAGGUGGCCGAGCUGCAGGGCCAAGUCCAGCGCACCGAGGUGGCCCGUGGGCGCCUGGAGAAGCGCAACUCGGACCUCUUGCUCUUGGUGGACACACAUAAGAAGCAGAUCGACCAGAAGGAGGCCGACUACGGCCGUCUGAGGAGCCGGCUGCAGGCCAGGGAGGGCCUGGGCAAGAGAUGCGAGGAUGACAAGGAUAAACUACAGAACAACAUAUCGUAUCAGAUGGCAGACAUACAUCAUUUAAAGGAACAACUGGCUGAGCUUCGUCAGGAGUUUCUUCGACAAGAAGAUCAGCUUCAGGACUACAGGAAAAAUAGCACAUACCUUGUGAAGAGGUUAGAAUAUGAGAGUUUUCAGUGUGGACAGCAGAUCAAGGAAUUAAGAGCACAACAUGAAGAAAAUAUAAAAAAAUUAGCAGAUCAGUUUUUGCAGGAACAAAAGGAGACCCACAAGAGUCAAUCAAAUGAUGGAAAAGAAUUGGGUAUAAAUGAUCAUGUAGCCCCUAAAAAUAUCCCAAAUAUGGCUGAAAAUGAUGCAAAUAAGAAUGAGGAACCCUCAAGCAAUCAUAUUUCACAUGGGAAAGAACAAGCUAAACGAAUUGGUGAUGCAGGGAUGCCUGGAGUAGAAGAGAAUGAUCUAGCAAAAGUAGAUGAUCUUCCUGCUGCUUUAAAGAAGCCCCCUGUAUUAGCUUCUCCACACGAAAGUCAUCAAACAAUUUCCCAUCUUCCAACUGGACAGCCUCUCUCACCUAACAUGGCUCCAGGUUCACAACUAAACCAGAAUGAAAAUCCUGGUACUUCCAAACAGAACCCUUCAAAUCCUCUUCAGCACCUAAUUCCAGGCUCAAACCUGGAGCGGGAACCCAGAAUUCAACCAGACACACUAAAGCAGGCCACCAGGGAUAGAGUCAGUGAUUUCCACAAAUUGAAGCAAAAUGAUGAAGAACGAGAACUUCAGAUGGAUCCUGCAGACUAUGGCAAACAGCGCUUCAAUGAUGUCCUUUAAGUCUAAGGGAUGCUCGAAACCCAAAGUGCUGUGCAGUGAAUCAUCUCUACUUGACAGUUUGACUUCUGUUGUAAAGAUACAUUGAGAUAGAUUUAAGGAAAUUUUCAUGAAGGAAUGUACCCAUGUACAUAUGUGAACUUUUUCAUACUGUAUUAUCAAAGCAGAUACUUUUUUUGGUUACAACACAGCUGAGCCAAAAACAGUUAAUCUUUGCAUUUAAAGCAAACUAAUGUAAAUUUCACAUUUUAUUGACCCUAAUUUUUUUCACAAAAAAACAAACAGGAACAAAUGUUUGUACAGGUUAAAUGCUGCACAUGGUGUAAUGGCAGUGAGAAGUUAGUAUAGACACUAAUACAUUUUCGUUACUUCCCAUAGGUGUCCUCUACUACCCCUCGUUUAACAUUCUCUAAAGAGUUACGGUAGAAUAGUUACACACACAAAGUGGGGACCUGGAUGCCAAGCAGUGGGCAAUGUGUGUACAGAAUGACCUCCCUGCUCCUUUUAUUUGGCUCAAGUGCUGAUGACAUAGGACUGAGGCCUGAUGAAAGCCCAGCUCAUCAUAACAGUGUUUAUAAGUUAUUCUUUACUUUGUUCUUGAAGUUGUGGAAUGCAUGGUUGACAAUGAAUUUUAUUUUUUCAGAUAAUACCAGUACUGUUUAACUGUAGUCAGCACUGGCUAAAAAUCUUUAUAUUUUCAGAGUUCAGUCUGGUGAAAGUAUUUGCCGUUUACAUGUCAGCUCCUGAAAGUGACCAAGUCCACUUUGAAAUGAGUCUGCCGUCAAUACAGCAAAGCUCUUCUGGUAGUUUUAAUGAUUGUAUUUGAUUAGAGUUUUCCAGAAUUACUAAGUAAGGGAUUUCAACAGGUUUUUAUUA